AAGGCCAAGGGAAGGAGAAGGACGAUGGGCACGAGAGUGGGGAGGGUGCAGGAAAGGAAGAGGAAGGGCUGGGAGUGGGGAAGGACGAGUCAGUCACUGCCAGGAUUGAGGAGACAGGAUCAAAGCUGAGACUGGGAGAAUCGGCACCUAUGGGAAGCGAGGAAGGAGGGCUGAACCCGGGGGUGGGCGAGCCAGCAGGUGAUCGAUUGAGGCUGGGCGAGCCAGCAGGGAGCCAGAUGCCCGAGUCAGAGGAUCUGCCCUUCGAUUCACAGGCGCCCUGGAUGGACUCCCAAGCGCUGGGGAUGGGAUCAGGAGAGCUGGGGGCGGGCAGCCUGGGCGUGCAGGUGAGCCUGGGAGAGGUGCUAACUGCGGACCUGGAGAUGUCGCAGGGGUGGGCGGUGGGGGAAGAGAAGGGGGAAGCGGUGGGGGGUGAGGAGAGUAGGGGAGCAGUGGGGGGAGGGAGUGAAGAGGGGGGUGAGGGGACGGUGAAGGGGAGUGAGGGAAGGAAGGCUGGGGCUGAGGAUGAGAUUAAGGCUGAUGGGGAGGGGGGCAAGGCUGGUGGGGAUGCGGGUGCAGGUGUGGCAGCAGCGAAAGGGAGGGACAGAGAGGAUGGAGUGGAUAAGGAUGGGGCAGGGGCGGGAGGGAGGGACGAUGGAGGGAGGGAGGGGAAGAGAAGGCGCGUGGGGGAGGGGCUUGGCGGUGAGGGUGGGGCAGGAGGUGGGAGAAGUGCGGAGGCAGCAGGAGCAGCAGUGAUUGGGGCAGCAACAGAGGCAGGAGGAGGAACCGAGGCAGGGGAAGAUGCAUUGACAGGGGGAGAGACAGAGACAGGAGGGGAAACAUUGAGUGGGGGAGCAGCAGAGAGAGGGGGAGCAGCAGAGAGAGAGGGAGAAGCAGAGAGAGGGGCAGCAUUAGAUGCGGGGGAAGCCGCAGAGGCAGAAAAGGCAAGAGAGACAGGAGGGGCAGCAGUAGCAAGCAGGAACGCCGCGAAAGCAAGGGCGUCGGCAGCACUAGCAGCCUCCAUUGCGUUUGAGUUCUCCCCUGUGGGCGAAGACACCCAGAUCGCCCUUGAUGCCUUGGACCUGAUUCUCGAGCAGGGGGUAGGCGAGGGGGGAGGACUGGUGGAGGAAGCGAGUGGGAAUGGGAAAGGGAAGGGGACAGCAGCGGUGAGGGGGAAAGGGAGAGGGAAGGGAGGAGGAGGAGUGGAGGGCCUGAAAGGGAAGGGCGCAGCAGGUGGCUUGAAUGUUGCGGCUUCACCAGCAGCAGCAGAAGCAGCUCUAAAAGCACCAGCAGCAGCAAAAGCAGCAGCAGAACUAAAAGCAGAAGCAGAACCAGAAGCAGAAGCAGCACCAAAAGCAGAAGCAGGACCAAAAGAAGCAGCAGAUCCAAGAGCAGCAGCAGAACCAAAAUCAGCAGCAGAACCAAAAGCAGCAGCAGAACCAAAAGCAGCAGCACCACCAAAAGCAGCAGCAGCACCAGAAGCCCGAGCAGCAUCAGAACCCGCAGCAGCACCAGCAGCAACCGCAUCACUAGAAGCACCAGCAGCACCAGCAGCAUCACGAGAAGCACAAGCAUCAUCAAAGGGAGCACCAGCAACAGCACCAGCACCCGCAGCUGCACCAGCAGCAGCACAGGCAGCUGGAGAAGGGGCACCAUCGCUUUCGCCCUUAGAAGCAGUAGGGGCAAAAGAAGCUGUAUCCGUGGCAGCAGCAGCACCGUCUGCAUCAGUGGCAGCAGCAGCCGCAGCAGUUGCAGCAGCUGCAGUGGAGAGACGGGUGGUUGGACGGAUGGCAGAAGUUGGGAGAGGGGCUGGGCUGGUGGGGUUGGAAAGCGCUGUGAUGGAGGUGGAGGAGCAAGAGAAGGGGAGAAACCAUAGUGAGGGAACGGAGAGGUGCAAUGAGGAAAGGCAAGGAAGAUCAGUGCAGAGAGAUGAGGAGGUGGAACGAGGUCAGGCACACACAGAAGGGAUUGCUGCUGCUUCCGCUGCCGCAGGCGCUCACAAAGCGUCUGUCGCUGUCGCUGCUGCUGCUGCUGCUGCUGCUCCUGGUACUGUGGCUUCUGCUCCUUCUCCUGCUCCUGCUCCUGCUCCUGCUCCUGCUCCUUCUCCUGCUCCUGCUCCUUCUCCUGCUCCUUCUCUUUCUCCUGCUACUGCUGUUGCUGCUGCUGCUGUUGCUGCUGCUGCCGCUCCAGCAAAUGGCAUCACUGCUGACGCGGCUGCUGUUAUUGGGAAAGGCAGGCGAGCAAAAGGUAGGGGCAGAAUGGCUCAAGGCCUCGUGGCAUGCAGCUCGAGCAGAGGGAGAAAGGGGAGGGACGGUGAGCUGAUCACGGGGCCUGAAGAGGUGAAUCUGGGAAAGAUGGAAGGGGGAGGAGGGGAGGAGCUGUUGGGGAAGGAGCGGGAGGGGAAGGAGGGGAAGGAGGAGCAGUUGGGGAAGGAGGGAGAGGCCACUGGUAGUGGUGGUAUGAGGGGGAGGAAGGGGAAGAGGGAGAAGGGAAGUUCCCUGGUGGUGCACGAUGGGUUUUAUGAGUUGUUGGAGUCGAGCGGGAGUGAGAAAGGGAGUGAGAGAGGGAGUGAGAGAGAGAGCGAGGGAGCUGGUGAGAAGAGGAUUGAGAGGGGGGAUGAGAAGGAGGUUGAGGGGAAUCGUGAGAGGGGGAACGAGGGGAGAGGUGGAGUGGACGGGGAGGGGGGUGAUGAUGAUGGGGAGGCAGAGGCGCAGAGGCCAAGGAAGAGGCGGAAAGGCGCAGCUGCUGGGGGGAAGCAGACGAGGGGGGAAGGGGAAAAGGGGCAGGGAGGGGGGAAGGGGAAGAAAGGAGAAAAUGGGACGGAAGGGGAGAAGGAGCAACGGGGGAGAGGGAAGGCAGGGCGAGAGAGGCAGGUGAGGGGGAAGACCAGGGCGCAAAUCGAGACAAAGGCUGGACGGGGAGCGAGAAAAGAGAGGGAAGGGAGUGGGAACGAUGAGGUGCAGGAGGAUCUUGGAGGAGAUGAGAGGAGGGGGGAGGAGGAGGAUGGGGAGGAGGGAAGGAGGGGAAGGGAAGGGAGUGAGGAAGCAGGGGAGGCCAGCGCAGGGAAGAGGAAGAGGGGGAGGCGGCAGGAAGGUGAGGGUGGCCUCUCAAGGGAAACGAAAGGCGAGGAGUGGAAGUUAGAGAGAAAGCCAGAGCGAACACACACAAAGAAGAUCGGUGCUCAGAAGGUGUCUGACAGAGCUGAGGAGCGAGGGGGAGAAGGACAAGAAGGGAGAGGACUCAGAGGAGAAGGGAGAGGAGGAGAAGGGGGGGCGGGGAAGGUGCAGGAGAGUGACGAGGUGCAGGAGUGUGUGGAGGAGAUCAGCGUUCCAGGGAGGGCGAGGAGGAGGAGGAGCAGCAGUGGGGCGGCAGGAUCCUAUCGCACUGGCUUGCAUGGUUUGUCUCCAGUGCGGGUACUGUUCAGCCGAUCCCUGGACGCCAACACAACGAGCGAGUUGACGAGAAUAGUGGAGCGACUAGGAGGGGAUGUGGUGUCUGACACCUCCCCCGCCACCAUCACCACUGCGUCCGCCCUCGCUUCCUCCUCCUCCUCCUCGUCCCCUGUGGUUGCCGCUGCUGCUCCUGCCGCUUCAAUCUGCACUCACUUUGUCUCAGCGACGAAAAUAACUCGCACGAUCAAUCUCCUCGUUGCCAUCUCCAGGGGCUGCCACGUGUGCACUCCUGAUUGGCUGCACGCGUGUGCGAGGGCGCGAGGGUUUGUGGAUGCGGAGGGCUAUGGGGUGAGGGACAGGGGGAAGGAGAGGGAGGUGGGCUUUAAGCUGCAGGAGGCGGUGGGAAGAGCGAGGGAGCGAGGGGUGUUGGAGGGGCAGCGGGUGUUUGUUACUCCGAGCACCACGCCUGAUGCACACUCGCUUGCUGCCGUUGCGGCUGCUGCGGGUGCUGAGGUGCUGCCAUCGACGUCUGCCCAGGCUGCCCCAACGGUGAUCAUUUCAUGUGAAGCUGACCGAGCCGUCUGUGAAGCACGGGCGCUGCAAGGUGUGCCAAUCUUCUCUCCCGAGUUUCUUCUGACAGCAGCGAUGCGCCAACAGCUAGACUGGGACAGGAAUCGUCUCCCUUAGUGUUUUGGGAAGCACCUUCACCUUAGCCAUUUGGAUUCAAAUAAAUCUGGUAAAGGUGGUGUAUACUACCAUAUCGGCAUGUAUAUUUGCUACUUUUGUAGCUAGGAUUAAUCGAUUACACUUGUAAGGACGUCAAACAAUACGUGUACUUCUGAUCUGUUCCAA